CGCUCUGGCCGCCACUCGGUAGCCGGAAGUGGGCGGGGCGAGGGCGUUUGUUGUUGCCGAGGCCGUUUCCGGAGCAGCCUGGCGCGUUGACACCCAGCAAACAGUGAGGCUGUCCCCAUGAGUUCUCCUGAGGAGGAUGUCCAUGAUCCUCUUUGCCUGCGUGGUGCGGGUGAGGGAUGGACUUCCACUCUCGGCCUCCACGGACUUCCAUCUAGACCAGGACUUCUUGGAAUGCAGGAAGAAACUCAAGGCCUUGUCGUCCAUUCUGGCUCAGUAUCCAGAUCGUGGUACAGCCACAGAACGUGACCUCAGCAUACAUUUCCAUUCUUCUGGAGACAUUGCCUGCAUGGGGAUCUGCAGAAACAAUUACCCUGCUGCCAUGGCAUUCUGCUUCCUGGAAGAGCUUCAAUGGGAAUUUGCCACUACCUAUGAUGCUUCAAGUGUGGGCCUGACCUCCAGGCCAUAUGCUUUUCUUGAAUUUGACAAUGUCAUUCAGAAAGUCAAAAGCCGUUUCAAUUACACAAACUGCGCUCAGACAAAGUUCAGCAUUGAAAAAAUCCAAGAAGAGCUUCACUUGCGGCCUCCCAUGCUUGUCAAACUGGAAGACAUGGCACUGAUGAAUGGGAUGGUGAACGGUCACACAGACCUUCAUGUGGAGUCUGCCCCUGCUUACAGAAUGCAACCUGUGUCUCCUUUGGGAAUUCUGUCUCUUGUUCUCAACAUCAUGUGCGGUGCCUUGAAUCUCAUUCGAGGAGUUCACCUUGCAGAGUAUUCUUUUCAGGAAGAUCACACAGGAAUUGGGAAUGUCAUAGCAUUUCUUCUACCUUUUGCAGCCUGUUUCCUCUUGUGCUAUCUUUACCUGUUCUACAGCUCAGCCAGGAAGAUAAAGGUCUUUAUACUUUUCGUCACAGUCUGUUUAUGCAACAUCUACCUGUUUGGAUUAAGGAAUGUCUGGCAGAUUCUCUUCCACAUAGCAGUGGCUUCUCUUUCUUCCCAUCAGAUACUAACACGGCAAGUUGCAGAGAAACAGCCAGAUUUUGGAGUAUGAACAAGAAAAUCGGGGAAUUUCAAAUUUGUUUCCUCAGAAUUACUUCUUUGGGAGGGAUAUUUAAUGCUGGUCAAAACUAGCUUCCAUAAUAUGGUGAGGGUUUAGCCCUGGUUUCCCUCAGAUCAUGGGUUUUAGCGUAAAUCAGAUUUGCAGGACCCAAAGGGACCAGAAUGACAAUGACAAUCAGUUUUAAGGCAAGGGCCUCUACGCAUCCAUCCUUUACAAAUUUAAUGCACAAAGUCCUGGGGAUGAUCUUAAUGUUGUCUCUGAAAUGAAGCCAGCUUGGAGAAUUCAUGGGUAUCACUGUAAUACUUCUCUGGGCUUCAAGGAGAACAGCAGGAAGACUGCAGCUGCAAGUGGCAAGGAACAACCGAUCUGUCCACCUUAUAUUUGGCAAACUGGGACUGGAUUGUAAAAUACAGCCAGCUUUGGAUGACACCAAAAGGUUAAGCCUUGUUGACCUAGGAGAGGAGAUUUUUUAAAAAGCCCGCAGCAGGGAUGGGUACCUUUUUUCCCCCUUUUGGGUAAUCCUAAGGGUAGUGUGUUGAGGUUUACAUGCCAGCAACACAAAGGACUGAAGCCAGUGGUGGACAGAGAGCACCCCACAAGUUGGCCUCACCCUCCCUUCUCUUUCUCUUUAAUCACUGUUCCCAUCUCAGAGGUGUGGGAAAGGAGAAAUCACUCUUGCAUAGGCCUGAAUGACAACUUGCGGAGGGCCUGUAAAACGAAGGUAAGGGCCAUAUGAAUGGGGGCCACAUGUCCAGCCCUGCCUUUCAGUUGUAGUCAUUGCAGCAUAUGCACUAAAGCCUCUGGGGGUAAACCUUCCAAAAUACACUCCAAACAGCAACUCUUAAGUUGCACACCUGAAAGUGUAAGACACAGGUUUUCUUAAACUUCAUGUUUUUAUGGCAAACCUGAUUUUAAAUUGCAGGAGGUUUCUGUUAACUGUGUUAGUGGCAUAACACCUGAUACACAAGUUCUUGAAAGAUAAGGUGCAGUUCACAUGCAUUAGAAGAAUAGGGAUGAAUCGUGAACCAAUUCUAUGUAUGUAUUAGAAGUGAUUGGUUUGAAAAGGCACCAUUAAGAGUCCUUUGCAGAGCCAUGCUUGGCUGGUGAUGGUGUAUCUUGAGAAUCAUCCAAGUAGAAGUCCCUUUUACAGUUCAGCACAUCUGCCCUUACCUCAGGCCUUGAGAGUCCACCAGGAUCAUAGAGAGGUCUAUACUGGUUGUGAGCAGCAAGUAAUGUCUCUUGUGGUCAGUAAGCUAGCCUUGUGCCUACAUUUCAUACACACAUACCCACAGCCAAAGGCUUGCAUAACUAGUGGUUGAAGGAAAACUAUGGAUUGAAUACAUGGUAUAACUUUUCCAGGAGGGUUACUAGUAGAUAUCACAGAUGUGCACAUUUCUUCCCAGUGUGGACAAUGGGUAUACUUUGGACACCCUUAAAUAGAAUGCAAAGUAUUUGUUCACUGCAAAAAGCAACACUAGCUGACUCUGGCGUACAGGAACCAUGCAUUCCUAAGCAUUCCAGCUUUGCGUUCACUUAUCACAAAAAACAUGUUUCUAGCCCUCAUGGCUAAGGCGGCAAGACUACAAAUAAAAGUUUAGCCCAACAAGGCUGAGUGAGAACUUGGUUUUAAUGCCUGCCUGCCUGCCAGUGCCUUGUGGUCCAUGCUAGUUUUAAGGUUCAUGUCCACAUUUUAGAGCACUCUUUUCUAAAAAUAUGAGAUCCAGUGUGGUGUAGUGGUUUGGGUAUUGUGCUAGGACUCAAAGACACCUGGGUUUGAAUCUCCACUCAGCUGUGGUGACCCACUAGUUGGCCUUGGUCACAUCACACUCUCUCAGCCUCAGUGGAAGGCAGUGGCAAAUCCUCUUGGAACCUAUCCCACCAAGAAACCACUGUAGUACACUUUAGGAUUGCUAUUAGUUGGCAAUGAUGUGAAGUUGACCAUAACUUGGAAAUAAAUUUACAUCUACACUUUGGUUUAUUGGGAUUGAUUCACAUAGGCUGGUCUUGUUCAAGGUGAUAUGGAGAUUUUUUUUGCUUAAUAAAAAAAAUUAAAUUAUUCCGUCUGUGUUUAUUAGAACACAAUUUCAUUUGUGUAAGUGGUCUGCAUAGUCUACUCGGAAGUCUGCUUUGAUCUGAUACACCCAGAAGGCUCAUAGAAGUUCAGAUGCUGUGUAGCUGUGCCCUUUGUUUUGCAGCCCCUCUGGGAGAAAAGAUUGAUUCUGGCAUCCUUAAGCCUAUGUUUUGUUUUGGGUAAAUUCUCUGCUUGAAUUCUCUCCAGGGUUGCUUUUUUUUCUUGGUCCAUAAAUGCGGUUCUUUUUCUUUUGGAAGUGGUUAGCUUUUAAAAGGCAGCUUCAUGAAUUGGGUGAAAAUUCUGAAACAGGAAAGAGACACAACCUUUUGAUUCUGGAAACAUGCAAAGCACAGUUCCUUGAACACUGGGGAUUUUAUAAUUUGUGCAGCUCUCAUUAACUACAUUUUAUUUAUUUAUUGUUGGAUUAAUCAUGCUUUGUAUCUUUCAGAUAUGGAAAGUAUGGUAAGAGACUUUUAACAGUUUUCCUUCUCUGCUCUCACCUUUUCCCUGAUAUCCACUUUUGAGACUUGUUUUCCUUUGCCUCUUUUUACCUGUGGUAUGAAUCAGUACAGUUUUAAAGGGCUAAGAACAUUGAUAACAGUAAGGAAAACCAUUUCCCUGUAGCAGAGAAUAGAGCAAUUUCUUUCUCUUCUUGGAUAUCUUUACUGCAGCUUGUCAGGGUGUGUACCGAGUUGGUGACCAGAGUUCAGUUUUCUGAGCAUGCACUUUUGAAAGUAGCAGUUAGAAUCUGUGUGUUUCACAACCUCUGCUACUGUGUAUUUCAGGUAUCUGAUGUAUGGAAAUGAUGAUAUGCCAGCGUUUACUGUUUGUGAACUUUUUGAUAACUUUUUGGAACAAGAUUAUUGUGUAACAUUUUGAUGCUGUUUUAAUAGACUUGUUAGGUUAAACUAUGGCAGAAUACUCUGGCAAAUGAUUGGUGGUGGUGGUGGUACUGUCUGAUCUGUACCAUUGAACUAAUCCACUCCAUCCUUAUUGCAUGGGAUUCCUGACUUACUUCCAUUAGGAUUUCUGUUUUCUCUUUUGGCUGUGAGAGAAAUGAGGAUGGAGAAUUUGCUUCCUUAGUCUGCAGGCAGUCUGAAAUGAAUACUGAAGAAAUGAAUAAUUCUCUAAAAUCUACCAGCAACUCCUAAUGAGAUUUCAUAGUUUAUUUAAUAGAUGGCAUCAGCUUAUUCCCCAAAAUACCUCAUAUCAUAUUCCCAUUCCUUUGUGCCCAUAUCACCACCUGUCCUUUAGAAGCCAGCUCUGUCUUCUUCUGUUUAAACAUCUGGUUAGUGCAUGCUCCGUCUGUUGUUUUGCUUUUUCAGAAGUGGGAGAAGUUUAAAAUUUUGACCGUGUUUCUUGGAAUGCUUUGAGAUUAUUCAAAUAGUCUGUGAGGAAAAGGCACUUGAACCAGUCAUUCAAGGACUGUACAACUUAAGUUCACCACCUGGGAUUGUAGGAAUUGCACUUUUGAGUGACCCAACACACCAGCUCCCUGCACUUAGAAAUAUAAGGACACCAGGAAGAAUCUGUCUCCUUCAGGUACUUAGAUCUUCAGAAUCAGGCAUUCUAUUCAUUGCUGGUGCAUUUUUAAAAUAGCUUGUUCUUGAAAAUGUGGAUAAAAUCAACAGGAACAGGGCAACUUUUCCAGAGGAUGUGUUUAGGGCUCAGGAUCUCGUCAAAUCCCAUGAGCCUUCAUAGUAGAAAAGGAACUGACGGGUCAGAUGCAAAACAAAUUCAGCUGCUAUUGGGAUACUGCUUUCGUAGCCAUCAUACUGGUCUCAAACCACAGCUAGUAGUAUAAAGUACCUUCUUGGUUGAAGUGGAAUCUGUUUUUCUGUAGCUUGAAUCCAUUCCUCUGUGUCCUAGUCUCUGCAGUAGCAGAAAACAAGCUUGCUCCAUCCCCAAUAUGAUAUUCCUUCAAAUAUUUAAACAUGGCUAUCAGUUAUGAUACCUGGAAGGGAGUCUACGAGGGAGCAUUAGAGAUCUUCAAGUAGGGCUAGAAAAGAACCCUGCCAGAAACUCUGGAGAGCUGCUGCUGCUGCUGCUGCUGCUGCUGCUGCUGCUGCCAACAGAGUUGACAGUAUUGGGUCAGAUAAACCAUUGAUCUAAACUGGGAUGAAGUACUGUGUGCUUAGCUGAGCUUGAGAAAGAAUGGCUUGCUGAAAGCCAUUGGAAAGAAGCCUUGGAGCAAAGGUCUGCAAGGCCUUGAUCCACCAUAGUUAUCUCUUUGAACCUUUCAGGUUUUUUAAAGGUACGUUUAAUUUAAUAUGGGAUGGGAAUUAGAGACUGGACAGCUACCUGCAAAGGAUGCUCUAGCUGGAGUUCCUGCAUUGAGCAGGGAGUGGGACUAAAUAUAUCACAAAACUACAAAUCCCAGAAUCCCAUAGCAUUGAGCCAUGGCAGCUAAAGCAGUAUCAAACUGAAUUAAAUCUGCAGUGUAGAUGCAGCCAAGGAGAACAUUAGGCUAGAAAACAUCCGUCUGAUAGCUUUCUAUAUAGAAAUGGAGUGUGCUAGAGAUGGAUUUACUGCAUGGACCCACUACCAUUAUAGCGAAGGCUAGGCCUUUGAGUAAGAUUCAGUGCAAUUUACCCUUGCUAUUCUUCUACCCCAGGUUCCCUCAUUUACCUGUCUAAAACUGAAUUGGAAUUAAUUAAAAGAAAAUUUCAAAUUGGUAUGAGAGCUUUGUCCACUUUUGGGGGGAAAAACAGAGUGAAAGAUAUGUUGUGAAGAACAUGCAUUACACUUUGGCCUAUGCUUUAUGACACUCUUUUUAAAAAUCCUCAUGUCCACAUGUGGAUUUUAAAUGCACAGUCCUCUUUGUACAUGUUAAUAUAAUGUUAUAUAUAUAUUUUCCUUCUGGCUUAAAA